UUCCUUCGUUCCCUACCAUCCAGGCUUCCCCAGGUAUUCCCGUUCUGCCCCAGACAGCGAAAGAAUCUCCUGUGAAGAAAUUCAUGCGACGCACCGCCACCCUCUUGCGUCUGGCAAAGCCUUCUUCACAUGAAGCACCCCUUCCUCUGCACCCGACCAUCACAGCCGGGUCCCCGAUACCGGACGCCAUUUAGAUGUCAAUGGUACCCCCCCAGUAUCAGGCAACCAAUCCUCGCGGAACAGAGCUUCAACUCUUCCCACAGGGUCUAACCCAGCACUCACCGAUACCAACACGAUUUCUAGGAACAGGUUAAUGUUUCUGUCUCCGUCACGUUCCCUUCCUUCGCUUCCACCUGCGUCACUCCCGGAGAUGACUCACGAAAUUACCCUGCCACCAUUUUUGAAUGGCACCCCUUCUCAGGAUCUUAUCUCACCAAGUCCUUCUGCUGAGGGUAUUUCUCUGGGCCCGCUAACGCCUGUGUCGCCCAUAAUUAUUGUUGAUGAGCCUGCUGAGAUGUGGAAGGAUGAGGGUACUUCGGCGGAAGCGCCGAUUGAAGCUCAGAUCGGUGGUGUUGAGCUUACUGAAGCGAUGGAAUCCGGGAUCAGCGUGUCUAUCGAUUCUAAAGACGCAGGUGGCGACGAGAAGCGAUCAUCGAAUGACUGGCAGAUCCUGGAUAUUGGCAUUAUGGAUGCAGACAUACGGGAAUCAUCAUUCUCCUCUCCCAUUUCGGGAACUCGAUCUCGCUCUUCUUCAGGUUCAAUCUUUUUGUCGGCCCAGUCCGUGCCACAUGGAGAGUCGCUCCCAUCACCUUCGAUGUCCGCACCGCCUUCCUGGUCCAAAAUUGCAUCGUCUCCGGUCAGGCCUCGAAAAUCCCUCUGUCGGACGCUCCUUACUUUACUCUCAAACACCGAGAAGGCAGACCCGAGCAAUGAUACACGAUCUCGAUCUCCAGCUUUUGUGAUGGCUCUUAGUCCGACCAUGCACUCAAACGGAUCGAUUGCGAGACAGACGAUGUUUAUUGAGGAUGAUGAGAUGAGGUAUCUGAGCGAGGUGGCGUUUUCGACGUGAGAGCAUCACCACAUGGGCGAAGAUGAGUUAUACGUCAUUAUUUUCUUGCGUAGUCCAAUUGGUUUUUACUUCCUUCUGUAAAACCACCUCCGUGCACCAGUGCACCAGUGCAUGCACUCAGACGGUUGAUUGCUA